GCUGUGGCGGGCGGGCCAUGGCGGUGGGGCUGGAGGAGGCCUUCGGGGCGGCGGGGGAGUUCGGCGGCGGGCAGCGGCGCCUCACCGCCUGCCUGGUGCUGCUGCAGGUAUACGUGGCUUGUCAGUCGAUGCUUGUUGUGCUUGUGGGAGCUGUGCCUGAGUAUCAUAUAGACCAAGAAGGAAUUCCAGCGAGCAGAGCCGAGCUUGCCAAGCAUAUCCGCUUUGUGGGCAACUUCACAUCUAUAGUAACCGAGUGGUACCUAAUCGAACAAGAAGCCUACAAAGUGAGCCUUGCAUCAUCCCUAUUUUUUGCUGGACUGCUUAUUGGAAAUAUCACAUUUGGCCCUCUGUCAGAUAAACUGGGCAGGAAGCCAGUGUAUAUCUCAGGUCUAUUUUUUGAUGUCGUUUUUGGGUAUGUCACAGCAUUAGCUCCAAAUUAUAACAUAUUUGCAGUUUCACGUUUUCUUGUUGGAAUUGUGAAUGGUGGAAUGGCUCUUGUAUCUUUUGUCCUAACCCAAGAAUAUGUAGGAAAAUCAUUUUGGUCAUUUACAGGUUCAUUAACCAAUUUGACAUUUGCAGUUGGCAUUGCUGUUUACGCUUUAUUUGGUUACUGUGUAAGAGAAUGGCGCUACCUUGCCUUUGUAUCGAAUACUCCAGGAGUUAUCUUCUUCCUUCUUUCUUUUAUGCUCCCAGAAUCACCACGGUGGCUGUAUUCCCAAGGGAAAACAGCAGAAGCUGAAGAUGUGUUGCAAUAUAUUGCCCUUGGUAAUGGAAAAGAGAGACUGAAUCUAAAAUUAAAACCAACUGCAGGGACUUUGAGAAAGGAUGAAUCGGCACCUGGUAUCCUAAACUUAGUAAAACAUCCAGUCCUUCGGUGGCGAACCAUCAUACUGAUGUACAUCUGGUAUGUCUGCAGCUUUGUGUACUAUGGACUAACUUUAAAUGCUGGUGAAUUAAGAGGAAAUUUGUAUUUAAAUGUGGCUCUUUCUGGUCUUGUAGAAGUUCCAGCAUUUCCUCUCUGCAUGUUUUUUAUUGAGAAAUCUUGGUCUGGAAGACGUAAAACUAUGACAUGUUUUCUGGUAUUUGCAGGAUUUGCCUGUAUAUUUACCAUGUUUUUACCAACAAAUGCUGGUCUGUUCCUCAGUCCCACUUCAUUAGCUUUGUGUGGAAAAAUGAUGGUCAGCGCUGCUUUCAACAUCGUGUAUAUUUACACAUCUGAACUAUACCCAACAGUACUGAGAAAUGCUGGCUUGGGUGUCUGUUCCAUGUCUUGCAGAUUUGGGGGCAUUUUGGCUCCAUUUGUGCCAUCUAUGAAAUCUGUUAGUCCUUCUGUACCGUUCAUGGUGUUUGGAAUCAGUGGACUGUCAGCGGGAUUCCUGACUCUGCUUCUGCCAGAAACACUAAACAAGCCAAUUGCUGAGAGCAUUGAAGAUCUCCAGAGUCCCAAAUACCAAGUGCUUAAAAAUGAGGAGGCAGAGUAAUGUAAACCAGUUAGAAGAAAACAGUUAAGUUUCAGAAGGCCUGGCUGUGGUGGAAAAUGAAGCCUCCAUCGAGAAGGUGCUGUGACACUUGAAGGGCAGAGUCUUGCUCUAUAUAGCUGACAGAAAAUGUUGGAGGACUGAUGUAUAAUGCUGUUUGUAGCAUGUUGAACGGUUUUAUGUGGAGACAAAUUGAGAAGCUGGAAGAAGCUGAUCAAAGCUUGUGAGAAAAGAGGUGACAUAUCUGUGCAUUAAUGUAAUGGCUUAACAAAAGCAUACUUUGGAUGUUUGGACUUCUCUACGGCUUCUUAAAAUGAGGUAUUAAUUUAUUUUACAAAAUGUAAUUGCUAGCUUCAGACUAAGCUAUAAUGUUGUAAUUGAAGUGAUGUGUAUAAUGUAAAAUUUAUAUGCCCUUAUAUAUUCAGGCAAGCUGUAAUCAUGAAAAGUAACAGCAUCCUGUAUAUGCUAAUUUUCUCUACAGGGUUUUUUUUGCCUCUAAAUUACGGUAUACCUCACCAUGUGAAGAGACCAAAGAUUUUUGUGGGUUGUUGGCCUUAGUAUGUCUAGCAUAAGAAAUCUGAACAGGAGAACUGAAAGGAGAGUAAAUGGAUUUUGUUGUAGGCGUAAGUAAUUUUUAAAUACAGUUGUACAUUAAAGGUAUGUAAAGUUAAAAAUAAUACUACAUUGGAAAAAUGACGCCAUGCCUUUAAGAGGUGCAUUUAAAGGAGAGGACGAGUAACCUUUUAGAUGAAGGUUAUUAAGUUCUAGCUGUACAUGUGGAACUAGAAAUUACUGAACGUGAGUCAUACUGCAUAAUAUAUGUAAUAAUAUGUAAUCCAAUACAUUUCACAUAUGAAUUGGGGAUUCUUCCUGCAAGGGGGGUGCGUGUGUGUGUGUUUUGUUAACAGUUAAUGUAUUUACACUGGAAUAAAUGUGUUACAAGUGUCACAGUUUUUUUGAUGGCCCACGCAAUUUUGUUAUUAAAAAUAAAAUGAUUUAAUGUCUAUUACAA